AUGAAACUCCAACCUGCAGCAAUCUUCGUCAUCUUCUGGCUUGGCAUCUUCACUGUGCACACGGUGAAAGGGAGCAUCGUAAGUCAGUCCAUGCACAAAUCCAGUUGUGUAGAGCUGUCUACGCAGAGACUGAACAUCCGAAAUCUUGUCAACUAUGAAAAGCAAGAAUUUCCAACAAAGGCCAUCAUGUUUAUUGACGCAAGAGGUAUCAAGACCUGCGUAAGCCCUGAUCAGAAAUGGGUACAGUUUGCUAUAAAGAAAAUAGACCAGAAACAUACCACCAAAGGCAAAUCUCCUAGACAAACAC